AUGACUACCUCUUCUCAAAAUUCUACUGUGAAAGAACUCCUUGAUUCGAACGAUCAGAAUGUCACAACUUUGCCAUCCCAUUACAUCACUCGUAGCCCAACCAGCAACGCAGCCGAGCUCAUCCACGCUGAAGAAAUUCCCACAAUCGACUUCUCCCUCCUCAAAUCCAAAUCCCCCUGCGAAAGAGCAAAAAUUGUUCAGAAAUUAGGCCAAGCCUGUGAGAACUGGGGCUGCUUCAUGGUUGCGAACCAUGGAGUGCCAGAGGAAUUGAGAACAUCAGUAAUGGAAGCGUUCGCUGCUUUCUUUGAUCUGCCGGCAGAGGAGAAGGAAGAUUGCAAGAGGAAGCAGCUGUUUGACUCUGUUGUUUGUGGUACGAGUUUUAAUCCGACGGUGAAAGGUGUGAGUUAUUGGAGGGAUUUUUUAAGGAUUGUGGCGUCCCCAAUCAUUGACUUUCCCAAACAGCUUCUUGCUUUCAGAUUGAGCUCACAAGAGUUCGCGAGGCAAACUAGAGAGAUCGUGAAGGAAUUAAUGAGAGGAAUAAGUGAAAGCUUGGAGCUGGAAGCGAAUUACAUGGAGGAAUUUUUUAAUAUGGAAAGUUGCCACCAAGCUAUGGUAGGAAAUCUGUACCCUCCGUGUCCUCAGCCCGAGCUGGCUUUGGGUCUCCCUCCUCAUUCCGACGCUGGCAUUCUCACUCUGCUCAUGCAAAACAGCAGCUUUCCCGGCCUUCAGGUUAUGCACCAUGGCAAAUGGGUACCAGUCCAGCUCAUACCUAGCUCCUUCUUCGUUAUCGUUGCGGAUUUCGUUGAGAUAUUUAGUAACGGCAAAUACAGGAGCGCGCUGCAUAGAUCCGUGGUUGACGAGAAGAGCACGAGGAUUUCAGUACUAACUUCGAUUGGGCCACCAUUGGAAGGUGUUGAGGUUGCUCCUGCACCCAAAUUGAUUAAAGACAAAAUAUGGCUGCUGCGUUCCGUGGCAUCACAUACAAAGAGUACGUCGAACUGCACCAAACUAAUCACGGGACUUUUACAUUUAUUGAAACAGAUAUUUAGUAACGGCAAAUACAGGAGCGCGCUGCAUAGAUCCGUGGUUGACGAGAAGAGCACGAGGAUUUCAGUACUAACUUCGAUUGGGCCACCAUUGGAAGGUGUUGAGGUUGCUCCUGCACCCAAAUUGAUUCAAAGACAGAAUAUGGCUGCUGCGUUCCGUGGCAUCACAUACAAAGAGUACGUCGAACUGCACCAAACUAAUCAGUUGAACAAAAGUUCUCUUGCAGUUAUUAGACUGGGACUAUCCAACUGAUGA